GCAGACAGACAGUAUUCCAGCACGCCGGGGGAGGACAGGCAUCCCAACUUGUUGGUUCUGAGGACAACACUAAAUAACUAAACAAACGUGCUUGUUUGUCUCCAAGUUUGACUUCUUAGGACAUAUCAAAUUAUUUGAUACCCCGAACGAACGACAACUAUUGGCAGGUUAUUAACUACUUUUUUUUUUUUUUUACUUCUUGGAAUAUUCUCCGGGCAUUAGGAGCCUGCAUCGCAGUCUGUUUUAAUUGAAGGGGUCAACCCAGUGUCCGAGGAAGACACAAUGUUUGCAUUGUGACCUUUUGUUCCGGACAAGGUUAUCCUCAACAGGAGAGUAUUCAUAGACAGACCGGCCAGACGGACUGACACGGUCUAAUCAUGGACGGGGCCAACGAUGUGGAUCUGUCCAACAAUAACAUCACCCCGUUGUGGAAGCGACGCACUGACUGUUAUGGCACCAGGGCCGGCAGCAAGGCCAAACCCAGACCCCUUAGUUACCAGAUAGGUGGGGUUCACAUGACAGACUUUCCCGUGGAGGACAAGGGCCCCAUCAAGAUCAGCCAGCCCUUGGAGACGGGGGUCGCCAAACCGGUAACCAAGAACACGUCGGUGUUGAAACACGUCCUAAACAAACCGUCCAGGAAGACUCGCGUGGUUCGGAGCAUCAGUAUCGGACAUCUCUCAAAUGCGCGCUACGCCUUGUCACGGUUCAUGUCCAGUGAGGGCAAAUCAGCGUCUCUGGACAAUAGAGUGAGAAAUGGAGGCUAUGAGAAUGGGAAAACCACCGUUAAGUGCCCUCAAGACGAACAAAAAUGCAGGUCCACUCCAGUGGCGCCAAACUCUCCGAGAGACAGCAGCGCUUUUGGCAACGGCUCGUCAUCACCGGAAGACGUUGCCUCAACGCCGACACUGUCUUCCCCUGACCUAUCCCCCCUCAUCCCCAACAACAACCGCUACAACCACAACCACAAUCACCACCGCCCGCCCUCCCCCUCCUGCCCCGGUGCCCCCGUCCCCAGCCCCUCUCCCCCGGCCCGCCGCACCCCUCCCCUCUCCCACUGCUCCUCCUCCAGCAUCCCCUCCCUCUCGUCCUCCCACUCCUCGGGGCCCCCCACCCCGCGCUCCCCGUCGCCCGCCGACUCGGUGACCAUGCUCAGCCGGCAGACGUCCUCGGCGUCCGCCGCCUCCGCCCGCGACGACCCCCGCUCGUCGCACGUCCGAUCUCCGUCCUCCUGCUCCUCCUCCUCCUCCUCCACCGCCUCCACCUCCGCCUCGUCCUCCCCCUCGCUGACCUCCCCCAGCCCCGCCUCCCCGGUGCCCUCGGUGGUCCUCAGCACGCACAGCCCCGCCGCCCAGAAGAUGGGCACCCAGCAGCUCAUCCCCAAGGGCCUGGUGUCGGACACGCGGCCGGGGCUGGGCGGACUGGCCGGCCUCCUGGGGCUGGACAGCUCCAAGAGGGCCUUGAAGAGCCGCAGCAUGGUGGAAACCGGGGCCUUCUUCUCCACGGGUCUAGCCCCGGAGGUGGACGGCGACAGCCCGGGAACCCUGCGGAGGGGGCUGAGGAGCACGUCCUACCGCAGGGCGGUGGUGUGUGCCGACGAGACCCCCAAGGCCUGUAAGCCCACGCUCAAAGGGCUGCAGGAGGGGGAGGACUCACCUGACGGCUGGCCCUGCCGCAGCUGGAGCCCCGGCUGUACUCCCAGCGCUGCCAAGCAGCUUUUCGCCACAGAGGGGCCGGUCAAACCGACCAGCCCCGGGACAGUGAAGCCCUCCAGUCCAGGAACAGUGAAGCCUUCCAGUCCUGGCACUAGAAAGACUGCCACCCUCGGAAAAAACAAGAAUCCUGAUAGAACAAAGCGACUGAUAAGUCAACGCACGUUUGACAGCGAAGAGGAGGAGCUGUACCAGAACUACCAGGAGAAAGCGCUGCACAAUGACUCUGACGAGGACGCCGAGGCCAGCGUGCCUCAGCCAGAUGACCGCAUCGUGGUGCAGUACCGGCCCAUACGGACCUCCUGGAGCCAGCUCAGCGUGGUUAAGAAAAGUGGCCUCUCCGACAAGCUGAGCCUGGAGGAACGCAAAAGGCAGGAGGCCAUCUUCGAGGUGAUCUCCUCGGAGCACUCCUACCUCCACAGCCUGGAGGUUCUGAUCCGCAUGUUCAAGAACUCGCCGGAGCUCAGCGACGCCAUGACCAAGACGGAGCACCACCACCUCUUCUCCAACAUCACCGACGUCUGCGCCGUCAGCAAAAAGUUCUUCAACGAGCUGGAGGACAGGCAUCAGCAGAACAUCCUGAUCGACAGCAUCAGUGACAUUGUCAAUGAGCACGCCCAGUCCAACUUCGACCGCUACAUCACCUACUGCUCCAACGAGGUCUACCAGCAACGCACGCUGCAGAGGCUAGUGUCCACCAGUCCCGUGUUCAAGGAGGUACUGACCCGCAUCGAGAGCCACCCUGACUGCAGGAACCUGCCCAUGUUCUCCUUCCUCAUCCUGCCCAUGCAGAGGAUCACACGCCUGCCUCUGCUCAUGGACACCAUUUGUCAGAAGACCCCUAAAGAGUCAGAUCGAUACGAGGAGUCUAAGAAGGCCCUGCAGGCCAUCAGCAAGGUGGUGAGGAACUGCAACGAAGGCGCCCGCACCAUGGAGCGGACGGAGAUGAUGUAUACCAUCAACUCGCAGCUGGAGUUCAAGAUCAAGCCGUUCCCCCUGGUGUCGUCGUCCCGCUGGAUGGUGAAGCGAGGGGAGCUGACGGCGCUGGUGGAGGAGAACGGGAUCUUCCUGAAGCGCACAGCCCGCACGCACGUCUACUUCUUCCUCUUCAACGACGUCCUCAUCGUCACCCGCAAGAAGAGCGAGGAGAGCUACACGGUGAUCGACUACGCCCUGAGGGACCAGAUCUGGGUGGGCCCCAGCCAGGCGGAGGACCACAACCUGUCCCCUGUGCGGACCACCUCAAGCAUGCUGAGCUCCCGGCAGAGCGGCGCCUGCCACCUCUUCCGCCUGCGUUUCCGUAGCAACCACUCGGGCGACAAGGUGCCCAUGGUCCUGGGGGUGGAGUCGAUGAAUGAACGUGCUCGCUGGAUAAGCGCUCUGGGCCAGAACAACAACAAUAACAAGAACCAGGACAGAAGUAACGCCAUGCAGGUGGAGGUGAGCCGGACGUACACGGCCAAGCAGCCAGACGAGCUGUCCCUGCAGGUGGCCGACGUGGUGCUGGUGUCCGAGACGGUGGAGGACGGUUGGUACGAGGGCGAGCGACUGCGCGACGGGGAGAGAGGGUGGUUCCUGGCCGAGUGUGCCGAGCCAAUCACGUGCCAGGCCACCAUUGAGCGCAACAUGCAGCGCAUGGACCGCCUGCAGGGUCUGGAGACCAACGUCUGAGGAGGCUUAACGCCACAAACACUCUUCUCUCUUUGGGUCGAACCAACACUCCGCUUCCCUGAGGGGGACAGGUGGUCCCUGAAUCCCAUCACUGACUUGUCCAUAAGCAACACCCAAAUCUAAUAACCCUUUUAUUGUUUUACCUUCAUAAUGGAAUAACAAACCAGUGGCUUUACGAGAGACCUCUGCACUAGGGACGCUGGGAGGCCUGUGAUUCGCUGAUUACAACAAGCCAACACUGGCUUGAUCUUGAUGUCAACAACAGACUGCUGGUUCACCUCCCUCCGUUUGCUUGCUCUGUGUUUCACGAGCGAGUAACAUUCAGACAAACACGGGUUACGGAUGCUGACCCAGUCACCCACUGACCCGUGAGUCUGCAGAUGGGAGCUUUGGAAAGCCAGAUCCACUCUGUUCCUUUAUACACUCGCUGGCCUGGGGCAAAGUCCCUCUCUCGUCGCCUUCCCAGGAACGACAACAAUGAGGGCUUGAUUUAGAUAAUUGUAAAGGUUAAAACACGUUUUAGAAACAAGUGUGCGCCAGAACAGUUGACUAAGCACCAGAGUCUGCGUCAUCAAAUUGGGUAGAGUGUUUCCCGCCCUGUAAAUCGUUGAAAUUAUUAUUACAUUACCAUUAUCUGGAAAUCUAUGGCAAUGCUGACAGUGAAAGGAAUCUAAACCAAUUCCCUUAAAUAGAGCAUUUGUGCAACGCACGACAAAUGAUGUUCUGCAGGAAAAGCAGCUUUCCUCUGUAGAAACCGAGAUGGAAAAGAUCCAACAACCACUAUGAUGUUGUGAAAUUAAUUAAAUGUGAUUUGUAAAUGGAAAUGAACUCAUUACCAUGUAAAGCACUUUUUUGUAAAUACUUACUAUAGUUAAUACUAUAUCUUCUGGGCUAGUUGAGAGACUCGUAUAAUAUUCCACAUCCACACUAAUGAAGAGGGAUGAUGCGUUUUGGAAUCUGUCUACGCCGUACUGUAAUGUCACCGUUCUGUUUUAAACGCUAACUACAGGUGUAUCCGUUGUAUAUAACCUUUAUUUUGACCCGGCCUGUUUAUACUUGCAAUGACUCGCAAUGCUGAAAGAGUAAAUAUGUAUAUAAUGUGUUACAAGUAAGAUAAAACUAUGUAAAACUGUCGUGUCUUUCUCCUAUCCAGCAUGUGUUCAAAUGUGAUCAUUCAGGGCAAGCCAUCUUCUAGAAAGUUUACACAGGGAAUUGUCCCCCUGAAGAUCACGCCACUAAAGAAUAUCAAACAGACAUUAGGUGCAAUGCCCUGCAUGGGGUAGGACAGACAUCCGCCCAUAUUUUAAUAUUAGACCCUCUUUGUAAGCUAACUCAGGGAAACCACACUACAGACACUCACAUCUGCAAUAUUCUCUCCUGUAAGGUAUAACCACAUCUCCUCCACAGGUGUCGGCUCCUCUCCCUGUUCCCUUGUAAAUCACUGUCGAUAUGUAUACCAAAACGUAAAAAAACGCAUUAACAUGCAUGACGAUCUAUAUGAAUACAGAUGUAUAUUGUAGAGGCCUGUGAUUAUGAAAUGCUUCAAAGUUCAGAGUUUUAAUCUCUACCCUCCUUGGUGAAUAAAAGUGAAAUCGCAUACAGCCUGCGCGUGUCUUUGUCUCGCUGAUCUGUUCAUCCCAGAGAACAAGUCCUCUGUAUCAACCGUUUACCGAGUGUUCUCCGCUGGGAACGAUGAACAGGUGGUCAGGACGUCCCCGUCUCCGAGCCGUUCAUCCCUCAGGCUGUCUGCUAUCUUCUGCCCGUGUCCUCCCCGUCCUCGUCUCGUUCUAAUGAGCUCACG